UCGUGAUGGUGAUUUGCACCACGAAUUUGAUUCUGAUUCUGAUUGAAUUGAUUUCGAAGUUGAAAAAAAAAAUUCUUAUUCUUUUUUCUAUCAACUUUCCUUCCGCUUCCUAUUUUCUCAUAGACUUUUUCUCGGUGGUGGUGGAGGAAAAGCUUUUCCUCCAGCAUGGUAACCCACCUCCUCCUCCUCCUCUCCCUCAUCUCCCUCUCACCAUCAUCAUCAUCGACUCACUCAUUGAAUUGUGUUGAAAAAUUUUCCGUUUACACAUGAAACCGCCUUCAACAAUUAACUUUAAUUCCUGAUCCUCUGAUAGAAAUUACAAUUAACUUUUACAUUGAUAUUAUUAGUUUUCUUUGACAAUUUUCCCUCAAUCAUUAAUCUCUAAUGAUUAACUUAAAUUCAUCAUAAUCAUGAUUAGAUUGUCCAUCAACCGGUAUCAUCACUAUUUUAUCAACAGUAACAAUCAAGUAUCACCAUCAGUGUUAAUUGUUUAUCAACAUGUUAAUCAAUUUGUGUUUCACUGUUUAUUGAUAUUAUCAUUAUUAACUUAUUCCGUUGAAAGUGAAUUAAAUUUAACUACAAAAUUGUUGACAACAACAACACCAAUUAACUUAAUUGAUUCUGAUGAUUUAACAACAAGCUACAGCUUUUUAAAUCCAAUUACAUUGGUAAAUCAUUCAUCUGAAAUCACAGAAUCAACUUUAACCGUUGAUUUAACAACCACCACAAUUAAUGAUUACAAUAAUUUAACCAAUAAUAAAGUUAAUCAAAAUGAAACAAGAGUAACAAUUAAGCCAACAACCACAAUCAACCCAAGUCAUGUAACUGUAUUUCUUGAUGGUGAUGAUGAAGUAAAUACUUUACCAUCAACAAUUAAAUCAAAUGGUAACAACAACAAUUUAAUUGAUUCAGAAUCAAUUACAAGUAAUGAGAUAAGUAAUUCAUCAUCACCAACAAUUAAUCCCAAUGUUAUAUUUAAAUCACCAUCUACACUGACCAAUACAAUUAAGGAUAAUGAAACAUCACCACCACCACCAACAACAACAAUUAACUUAAAUCUAUCAUCAGAAACAUUGACAAUUGAUUCAGAAUCAACAACAACAACUUUAACCAUCGACAUGAUUGAUAAUGAAAAUAAUGAUACAACAAUUAAUUCAACAACAACUACAAUUAACCAAGCAAAUAAUGUAACAACUGAUUUACUUAUUGAUAAAAGUAAUGAAACAAUUUGUGAUUCAAAUAACAAUCAAAUUGCUGACCACUCUAAUCAACGAUUAACUAUUGACCAUUACGAAGCUAAAAAGUUUUUCCUCCUCACAAUGAUCCUAUUAGGAUUAUGUUGCUUGUUAAUUUUAAUUGUUUUAAUUCUGGUUGUUUACAUUUUCCGUAAAUUAACUCGAGAGAGGACAAUUAAGAUUCCUCAAGUUAAUAGUAAUCAUUUUCCCACCGGUGGAGGAAGCAUUGAAUUUGAUACAAUUAAAGAUGGCCGAUUUUAUCAAUGGCAAGGUAAUGUUAAUAGUGGAUUUGAUCAAAGUGAUUUAAAUGAAUCAACCACACAAUCAACUGGCUAUCGGUUCCUUGAAGGGUCAGUUGUACCUUAUACUGACCGUUAUCAUAAUGAUAUCAAAACCUCAUCAACUGAAACAUUUGGACAUCAUCAGAAUCAAUCUAAUCAUCACCUUAAUCAACCAUCAUUAUCAUCAUCAUCAAUUAAUUCAUUACCCAAAGCAACAACAACAACAACAGUUGAUACAAGAUUAUAAAUUAACUGAAAAGAUUAACUUUCUGGAUAGUAAAACAAUUAAUCACUGAUUGUGAUUACAAUUUAGUCUUUAACAUUACAUGGAUUCUUUGUUUUUUUCUCGAUUUACACAGGAAACAAUUAAAUACUGUUGAUUAUUGUUAAAUUGUUGAUUAAGGAACACACACUAAGUGGUGAUAAUCAAUUUAAACGAUAGCUUGGUAACCAUAAACCUUGAUUGUUACUAAUUGUUUACCAUUAAGUUGAUUCUACUUUUCUAUCAAUUUUUAUUUUCUGCUUUCUAUUUUUUUUUCUCGUUCAUAAUUUCUGGUUAAUCAAAUUACCUGAUAUUAAUCAUGAAUAAUUAUCAUCAUUAAUCAUUACGAUGUUUUUUUCACGUUUCGUCAUUUGUAUUAUAUCAACUAUUAUAAUUAAAGUUUAUAUUGUUUAUAAUAAUAUUUUCAUGGA